CGAUCUAUCUCCAGGCGUGAGCUAAGAAUCCAGCUGAUAUCUCAUCAAAGAGAGAAGGCCAAAUAAUUCCAGAUUUAUAACAUGAAAACCAUGAAAUAUAUCAUCUGGCUUUGUAAUACUACUGUAAGAUUUUGAAACACCUAAGAUCAUGGGUUCCCAUUACUCUUCAAAGCUUACUCUCUUUCUAUUAUCAAUUUUGGUCGGAGUCAACUUCAGCUCAGUCUUCGCUGCUACUUGCGAAUAUGGUACUCGCGAGCGCAACAAAUUGUACAGCUAUAGCUUAACUUCCCCUGUUAAGAAUUUCCGCCAUGGCGUUCUCAGCGAAGAUGGGUUUUACAAAGUAGCUGCAAAUGAUACUAUUAUCUGGUUUCAGCUUUGUGAUGGAAUGAUCUUCAAUCACGAUCCUCCAAGAUGCGCUGAUUGUUGGGAUUGUGGAGGCCCAUCACGGUGCGGAAUGGGUUGCAGUGCUCUUGUGGCUAAAUACACUGGAGGCUAUUAUGCAUGCACAACUAUUGGACGUGAAAUGAACUUUGACAUCAAUCUUACAGAUAGGAAGACUCCAGAUAAGGGCGUCACUAUUACAAUGUCAAGCUAUACUGACGGAGUUAACUGUUCACUUUCUGUUUCUGUUAUUUGUGACUCAAAGGGAAUUAAGGAGCCAGAGUCAUUAAAAAAACUAGGAGCCUGUCAUUAUGCAACUGAGCUAAGACAUCCCUCAGGCUGUCCAAAGAUUGCAGUUCAUGCGACCGGAUGGGGGUGGUUUCGUCUCCUUUUGACAAUAUUGAUAUGCAGUGUUGGAGCCUACCUGCUCAUUGGUGGAGUCUAUCGGUUUUUCCACCUUGGAAUCCGUGGCUUAGAUGUAAUCCCUAACUUAGAUUUUUGGAUCAGCUUACCAUAUAGCAUAAAGAGUGUUUUCAUGUCCUUGGUGCAAAGGUUUAGAGGACCUACUUACCAUCACACAAGUUCUUAUUCCUCAGUUAACUUCUGAGCUCAUAUCGUGUCUUCCGGCGGAUGGGAUUGUCAACUUCUAGACGGUUGACAAUUGUGCAUUUUAGAAUACAACAAGUUCCAUUUGCACAAGAAGGUUUUAUCAAGUGAGGAAUAUAUUUUUUGUUGAACGAUAACAUUAUAUACUGUUGACAAUCUCUAUUUUGUUGUAGAGCAGGUCGCAAAAUUUGUCUUCCUUUAACAUUCGAUUCAUUUGUAUAACAUCUAAUGUUUUUAUCAAAUGCAAUUUAUUAUUUAUGUGUAGUGUCUGUAGAAUGUUCACUGAUCAAUUUUUAACACAUUUUUUUGUUA